AUGUCGUUGACUGCAGUAGAAUAUAAUAAUCAAGCUAAUAAAUAUUAUUUAAAUAAUGAAUCAUUAUUAUCAAUUGAAUCGUACAGUGAAGCAAUUAAAUUAAUUGAAAAUAAUUCCAAAGAAAAUCUUCCAUUAUAUUUAUUAUAUUUAAAUCGUUCAGCUGCUUAUAUUCAAGAUAAAAAUUUUUAUUCAGGAUAUGAAGAUGCUAAAUAUUCAUUAAAUUUAAAAAACGAUAAAAAUUUUAAAGCUUUGUAUCAUGCAGCUAUUUGUUUAUAUCAUCUUGGUUUUAUUGAAGAAUCUCAAUUGUUUAUUAAAGAAGCUAUUGAAGAUCAUAAAAACAAUCUUAUUGAUUAUUUAAAUUUAAAAUUAUUAAUAGAAAAAAAAGUUAAUACUAUGAAUAAAUGGAGAAAAACUUUAACAGAUGCAAAACAAUCAAUUAAACAUCUUCAACAUAUUAUUGAAAAAAAAGUUUUAACGUGUGAAAUUUCAUCAAUUCUUUAUCAUAUUCGUUAUUUAUUACGAGCUUAUUUUGACAAUGAAAACGAUAAAAUAUUACUAAACAUAGAUAUAGCUGAUCUUGGAUUGAAAUUACAGGAAUUAGCUGUUCAAUUUAAUGCCGUUUUUAAUGUUCAAGAAUUAUUCAUGUCUGAUCCUUUAUUAGAAGAUCUUAUAUUAAAUGAAAUGCCCGAUGUUGGAUUAUUACGUAUUAAAGCUAAUGAACAAUAUAAUUUAGAAAAUGAUAAACGAGAUAAAGAUUUGAAAGAAAAAGCUGAAAAGGAUUUAGCAGCAUAUGAAUUUUCAUUUUUUGUAAAUAAUAUUUUAUCAUCAUUAGUUGUUAAUUGUUCUGAUGAAAAACUAUCAAUACGUGCAUUAAAACAAAUUCAUCGUUUAAUAACAAUUGAUUUAUAUCGCCGAUCAUUAGAUAAUACUUUAUCAAAUGCAAUUAAUUAUAUUUAUUCACAUUCAAAUAAUUCAUUUCUUAUUGAAAAACUUAUUUUAAAUAAUGUUAUUGAAAUUCUUUUUUAUGAUUAUAGUAAAUCAUCAUGUCACAUAUCUGUAUCACAUAUGAUUAAAAAUAUAACAGUUGAUCAAUGGAAAAAACAAUCAUUUAAAACAAUUCAAUUUGUUUUGAAACAAAUUAGUUUAAAAAUUCAACGUGAAGAUAGUGAUUUACUUGAAGAUACAUAUUUAUCAGGUUUUGAACUUAAAUUAAGAAAAACUCUGCAUGUGGACUCACUGGAUGAUAAUAUAAAAGAAAAUUUUAAUAUAAUUAUAAAUGUUUUAACAAAAAUUUAUAUGGCUUUUGGUGAUAAACAAUUUAUUGAACUUUCUUUAUAUGAUCCAUUUUAUUUAUUUAUAAAUGAAAUGUGGUUUAAAACAUUUAAUUAUGAACAAUAUAGAUAUAAUAUUCCAUAUUUACUUAGUGGUUUUACAUCAAUAAUAACAACAUGGUUAAAAUUUGAUUAUUCAGCUCGUCAACUAUUUGUUAAACAAAUCGAUCAUCAUAUUUCAAAUAAUCGUCAAUAA